AUGGCGGCCCUUAAACUUUUUUCGCUCGCCUCUGCGUCUGCGUUCUUGAUGGCGAACGCUGUCCAUCAAACGGCAAAGCAAACUUCAUUGACACCGAGCCCAGCAUCCCCAACCUACACUGUAGAUCUCGAUGAUACUACUGUGUGCCUCGACGAAAUGAACGCUGCACGCGAAGCCGCUGGACUCAAACACUUCCUAACGGAGAGCGAACAACUAACGUGGCCUGAACUUAAAGUGCAGCAAAGAGAAAAGCAAAACAAUCCUGCAUGGGAUACUGUUUGUAAGGCUCUGAUAGCAGAAGAAACAGAACAACUAGAAAACAGCCCAGAUGAAAAUGGAUUUAAAAGUGGCACGUACGCCUUCAUGGCCUUGGAAUCAGAGACGCCUGACUGCGCCGCCGCAGUGAGCCACUGGAAGGACGCCGCCAGCAACUUCACUACAAUCCCUCCGGCGAAGAAUGACGAAGGGAAACUCUACGACAAACAGCAGAACAUUUCUUUUGUUGCUCUGUACAACCCUCAAGAGAAUGCCGCUGCUGAUUGCCGAGUCGUCACCUGCACUCUACCAGCAGCUUCCACCUCUACACCAGAAACAGUCAACUUCCGGAGCACUGAGAAAGACAAGCAUGGCUAUGCUCUACUGUGCAUGACCACACCUGAAGCACUUAAGGACGACGAAGCUCCCUUCACCGAAGAGCAGUGGAAGAAGAUCAAGGCAUCCAUCACAGGUUCUGCCUCUGCUGUUGCCCCGAGUUUGCUUGCCGUCGCUAUUGCGGCCCUUGGCUUGGUUGCCCUUUAA